CCCUAACGGCGUUCCAUAGUCUACGCGGGUGAGCUUCUCAAUUCCUGUUGCUGGUCAACGCGCCUGUAAUUUUAUGUUUUGUGAGUGCCGUUAUUCAUAAUCGCUAUUCAUAAUGACUUGCAGAAGAGGGGCUCUCAUUGUGCUCGAAGGAGUGGACAAGGCAGGAAAAACAACACAAUGUAACAAGCUAGUCCAAGCACUGCAGGAUAGCGGGCGGCAAACUGAAAUGAUGAAAUUUCCGGAAAGAACUACAAAGAUCGGCCAGCUGAUCAACUCCUAUCUGGAGAACAAAAGCAACCUGGAGGACCAUACAGUGCACCUGCUGUUCUCUGCCAACCGAUGGGAACUCGUGCCUCUGAUGAAGGAGAAGUUGGAGCAGGGCAUCAAUCUGGUGGUGGAUAGAUACGCCUUCUCUGGAGUGGCCUUCACCAGCGCCAAGCCUGGUUUCAGUCUGGAAUGGUGUAUGAAUCCUGACAUGGGGCUGCCCAAGCCAGACCUUGUGAUGUUCCUGCAGCUCAGCCCGUCUGAGGCCGCCCAGCGGGGUCAAUUUGGGACAGAGAGAUAUGAGACCACCGUCUUCCAGAAGGCCGUUCAGCAGAAGUUUGAACUUCUGAUGAAGGACCCCUCUGUCAAGUGGCAGGUGAUUGAUGCAGCCAGGAACAUUGAAGAUGUGCACGCUGACAUUAAGAACCACAGUGUUGAUGCCAUCAAUGCAGCCGAGAAUGAGCCAAUCGGGGAGCUGUGGAAGGAGCCUGGACGAGGAGACCCCAUUUAUCCUCUGUUAGAUACCUCCUAACAGUGCCUAGUACACAAGGAGAAGUCAGAGGGGGUAUAUGAAUAUGAAACUGCGAACUGUAUGUUACGAUAUUUAAGUGGGUAUAGUCAACUCUUUCAAAUCAUUAUUUCACAACAACAACAAACACAAACAAGUAAAUUAAAUAAAUGUCCAAGCUGUAAAUUUA